UUUUCCUUCCUUUUAGCAAUUCCUUUGCACUACUUUCUUCAUUCUUUUAUUUUGUUCUACAUUGGAACAAUAGUUUAAUCAUAUUUUUAACUUGUAUUUUAUUCCAUUGACAUCGCCAUUGUUCAAGAACAAAAGCUAGUUUUCCAUUCGAUUCUUCAUAUUUAUUGCCCGUGUCUGUACGGCUAUUUAUAUUCUAAAGGCCCGUGUCCUCAAGAAGCGCUUCGUUACUUCUCACUAGCUGUCCGUCAAUUUUACAUCCUCCACAUUUUUUUGUUUUAUAUUUCUCUUAAACUUUCCUUUUCUUUUUUUUAUACUUUUUUCUUCUUUUCACGCACACAAAUGGGCUUUCAAAACACAAACAGCGGGUCGGAUAUUCGGGAUCGAGAUCUCCUGCGCCGCCAGCAGGAACUCGAGGAACUCGACGAACUGACAGUCUGCGGCGUAGCCUUCCUUAACGACGCCUACGAUAUGUUUGCCAUUAACAUUGUUGCGAUGAUCUUGGGUUUCGUGUACUACCAUGACGUCGAGGGCAACGAGCAGAACACAGUGCCCAAGAAGUGGGAUACUCUGAUUAAGAUGCUCCUUAUGAUCGCCAUCAUAACGACCAUCGCUUCGGCGUUCUCCAGCAACAUGGUCAAGGGCUUCAACGUCUUCAUCGUUCUCUUCAUCUGGCGCUACUCGAGCGUGCAUAACCGCGGCAAAAUGAUCUCCGCGGUAUUCUCAUGCCAGGGCUUCGGAAAUGUUCUAGCCCCGAUCGUGGGCAUUAUCGUCACAGCGUGUUUCAAAAACAGCAUUGACCGCGAUGUCGAGUAUCUGGACUACGUCUGGCGCAUUAUUAUCGGUAUCGGGUGUGUUCCUGGCGUGGCCACUUUGUACUGGCGUCUGACUAUGGAGGAUUCUAAGCGCUUCCAGCUGGAGACUGCCAAGGCUGCUGCCGCCAAUGCGGACGAGGAAAUGCAGACAGAGAAGCUCCUGGCUAAGCGGCAAUUCAACGAGAACGGAGAUUACGAAUCUCAUGUCGAGACCCCCGACGAGCUGCAAGAACGGGCGUCCCCUGCUACGGUGAGCAAGGUUCGUCGUGCGAAUCAUUUGGGCAGUACUUUGCCCUCAAAGUUCAUUAUCCGGAAUUGUCUCGGCAACAUUAUCAUCAAUAUUCUCGGAUCCGUUCCUGGAUACUGGAUUGCCGUAUUCACGAUUGAAAAGAUGGGCCGCAAGACCAUGCAGCUAAUGGGCUUUGGCGCGCUCACCGUUCUCUAUAUUGUUAUCGGCUUCGCCUACCACCAGAUUCUCGACAGAUCCGUCGCUGGCUUCAUCGUCCUAUUCACUCUCGCGCAGCUGUUCCAAAACUUUGGCCCCAACGUCACUACUUUUGUCAUCCCCGGUGAAGUGUUUCCUACGAGGUUCCGCUCGACCGCUCAUGGAAUUGCUGCGGCUUCGGGUAAGCUUGGAGCUAUUAUCGCGCAGGGCGGGUUCAUGCAGUUGAAGGAUCGUGGAGGAAAGAAUGAGUUUAUUGAUAGGUUGAUUCAGAUCUUUGCGCUGUUCAUGUUGCUUGGGUUUGCUGUCACUUUCUGGAUCCCGGAGACUAAGGGCAAGACUCUUGAGGAAAUUUGCGACGAAAGCGAGGAGUACUACUGAGUUUAUAAUCGUCUAGUUUAUUCAUUAUGUAAAAAAUAAUAAAAAUACAAUAUCUAUUUUUU